CAUAACAGUACUUACACACCUCUACCUACUCCUGGAAAAUACUGGCGUAAUGUUAUGUUUAUUAAUUUAAUGAUUUUUCUAUACAGCUACUUGUAUUUACGGUAAGUUAUCGUCAAUAAUGUUCUGUGUCUAUAUUAGGCAUGUUUGAAAAUGUCGCGAUGGAUCAAAAAUAGAUCUGUUAAUGCUUGAUUUAAUCGAGAAUCGAUUCUAGUAUGUUCGAUUUGCAUCGAUUUGGAGAUCGUAUUUUUUUCAUGAGAGAUUGACAAGUAAACAUUUAGUGACAUCAAAAAUAGGAGCGCCAAAUACGAUACGACUUAUGAAUAUUUCCUAAGAUUUAUUAUAGCCGUACGUUACAAACAGUAUACCAUCUAUAUAGUAUAUAUCAUCUUUUGUCAUACGAUAAUAUUAAUACCAUAACACUGUCCUACUUUACUUAUAAUAACACGUACGUCUCUACUUCUUCCAUACUUGUAACAAUAUUAAUAAUAAGUAUCUAGUCUGCAAUAUUGCUCUUUUCAAAAAACACAUUUAUAAUUAAUGCAGUCACGAUAAGAUAAAUUUUUAUUAAUUAUCGUAAACUCGUAAGUUAUCGUUUAGUAAGACGUAAAAUAUACUCCUGUCGAAACGAUCAUUAGAAAAUCCUGAAUAAUUGUCUUUACGAAUAUUUUUCUUCAACAUUAUUCUCUACCUAUUCAAAAUUAAAAAGUCAUACUCGUAUGACAUUCAAUAGGUAUACUAGGUUUUUAAAAUUAUACUUGUAGGGAAUAAUAUAAAAGAAUAUAAAGAAAUGGUAAUAUGAUAUUUUUAUUGUAGCCUCUUUUUGCAACUUUAUUCGAAAUAAAUUCAAAAUGUAAUUCAGAUUAAAAAAUAUACAACAGUUCAUUGAAAAUUGAAAAAUCGAUUACAAUCGAUUGGGCAUCCCUAAUCAUUUUUCGACACCACAUGUCGUUUGGCGAAGAUGGCGGCGAUUAAUGUUAUUAGUCGAGUAUAAUACUUUUUAAUGUUCAUUUUUGCAUGCAGCUAGUCCGUGUUAUAAAAGUAUUUGCAACUAAUAUAAUAAAAUAGAAAAUUAAUUAUCGUGUAUGUCCGAUGCUUUUAUUACACAGGGCGGUUUUGGACAUUGUCCUUUGUACUUUGCAGUUCGUGCAUGUUAUAUAUCUUUUAAGUCUACUGGAUGCUGCAUUUAAUUUUUGUUUUAGUGUCCAAAUAGUGUUCUAGUUCCGUAUUCGAGUUUUCGUGUUGUGCGUGUAUUUGGUAUUUUCUCUUUAUUUCUUCUACUGCAGCUACUACUCUUUUACUUCUGCUACCGUUAAUGAAGUGUGUCAGUCUGCCUAUGUGUGCUCUUAAAUUUUCGAUUUUCCUUUCUAAUCUGACCUGCCAUGUCGGUUUUUUCUUUGUAUAUAUAUGUUCAUCUUUCAUUUUGUGUGGAGUGUGAUAUUUUAGCCCCAUUGCAUUUAGCUGCCGUCCAUGCUGCACAAUAAAUUUUUGUUUGAAAUGUGAUGGAUUCGGUGUGUAGAUUUACGUUCUUAGGAAGAAUGACAGAGUUUAUAUACGAGUAAGUUACUAUAGCAGUGAACUUUCUAGACGAUUUCUGCUUGGGAAUGUAUGGCCUGUUAGUGGGGUGUGUAUCUGAAAAAUAUUGUUGAGCUUGUAGAAACAUGUCUUGUAUUUCCGAGUUUAUUUCUGGAGCAGUUUCAAAGUUAGUUUGCAGAGGCCCAAAUUGAUCAAUAUAUGUGUUACUUAAGAUAUUUUCAUCAUUUGUAUUCAAGAGACUGUGCGAUACAAUGUUAGUCUGAGUGUUAUCGUUGAGGGAUAUUUUUGAAGCCAAGGUGUUUGUAGGUAUGUUAGAGGUGUAAGUUAUUGUAUAUUGAGUGUUUAGUAUGUGGAUGUAUUCAUCAGGUUGUUCUAAGUUGUUUUGCGGUUGUGUGUUCCAAUCUUCCAUAUUCAUGUAUUCAGUAUUUUGUGUGUUAGUGUUACUAUUCCUCAAUUCUGUUGUUACCUGGUUUUUAACCCUUUCGCUGUCCCGUGCACUACAUAUAGGUCAUUGCUAUUGUCUUACUAUUGUGUUUCAAAACCGGACAGUGAGUGUUAAUUUCUUCUAGUCUGUUGCUGUUAAUAUAUUUGUUAUUAAUGAUAGCUCUUGUUUGAUCAGAUAAUCUUUGCUCUGUUACAUGUGCUAAUUCUGGAUAUGUGUUUAUAAAUUCUUCAUGUAGAUGUUUUCUAUAGGCUGUCUUAUUUGUUUCUAAUAGUGUGACAGUAUAAUAUAUUUUAAUUAACGCUUCAUUAUAUUUGUUCGUCGACUUCAUGCGCUGACUGGGUUUUAUUUUAUUUGGUAUUUUAUAUUGUGUGAAGUGUUGCUGUAUCUGAGUGUGAACUACUUCUAGUUCGGCUCUAACUUUCUCAUAAAUCUGAUCUAUUAUAUUCUGUGACAGUAUUUUUUUUUAACUAUGGCUCUUAGCUGGUCACCUAUUCUUUGUCGGCUUACUUGCAUAGUUGGGUAUUUUUCUAAAAACUUAGUGUGAAGAGGUGAAAGGUAUGCAUUUUUGUCUGUGUCCAUACUAGUAAGAUGAAGAUAAGUGCGUAGGAUAAAUUUAUUCAUUUCAAUACUCCAUUUCCUACGAGUUGUUGCAGUGCUAGUGGUGGGUACAGUUUCGUCGACAAAAUUUGUCUCCUGUACAACAUCUGCUGACUGUAUACUGAUUGACGAUGAUGAUGUCGUCGGGUUGAUGCAAAAUGAUUGUGACGAUGAUGGUAUUGAUGGAAAAAGAGAUGAGGAAGAUGAUGACUUGCAUUGUAAAGUUUCAUCAUUUAUCUGAGGCAGAUUAGUGUUAGCAUGUUUUUUUGUUUUUGAUUUAGUAAUCAUAUUAUUCCCACGAGUAGCUAGGGACUUACAGAGUCGACCGCAGCAGAGCCCUGCGUUCACUGCGGCAAGUGUAAAUACAACUGGAGGUCCCCUAUAUCCAGAGUUGGCACACUAUCGACUAGCACUCUCCUGUAGCCAUGCAGCCCUAGACAUGUACGACCUUGGCUUGCAUUGUAUCUCUUUUAGUCUGGCUCCUUGCCCUAGAUCUAUCUCGACAUAAGUAAACUCUACCGACAUAAACCUAGAGUUAAUUGGAGCACGCAAGCCCCCCUACGUCGUCAAAGUAGAGAUACAACGGUGGGGUUAUUAUUAUUAUUAUCUGGUAAUAGGCAAGCAGCUUAUAGCUGAUAUGCCUAUAUCUGUGUUGGUGUUUUAUAUUAGUCCAAGUUCACACUAAGAAUACACUAAAUUGGAUUGUCUUUACACCAUUUGUCCAGUUUGUUUUUAAAACUAAUCACAGAGGGAGCAUCUACCACGUCUUGAGGCAACUUGUUCCAUAUAUUUAUGAUUCUGUUGUUUAGUGUGUGAUGUCCCACAUUAGUGUAUGAGCGGGUGUGGGCCAAUCUCAUAUAGUUAGGAUGUCUAGGUCGGUGGAUACUGCUGAUGUUAAAAAUAUGUGGCAGCUCUUUGCAAUUAUAUUUAUGUGUCAAUAUUUUGUAGGUCUCAAUAAGGUCUCCUCUGGUACGGCAAGAUUUCAGCAUUGUUAGAUUCAAUAUUUUUAAUCUCUCUUCGUAUAGCUUUUUGCGAAGGCAUAAUGGAAUUUUUGUGGCUUUUCUUUGUACACUCUCCAGCAAAUCUACAUCCUAAAGAAAAUAGUAGUUCCAAAUUUGAAAUCCAUACUUUAUCAGCGGUCGGACGUAUGUUUUAUAAACCUUGAGCAAUGUAUCUGGAGUCAGAUGCUGAAACGAUCAGCCCAGUCAGCCCACUUGAGGUCGGAUGAUAUUAAGACACCUAAAUCCUUGUGUGAGUUAACUGACUGUACUGUUGAAUUUCCAAUGUUAUACAUUUCUCUGACAUUGUUUCGACCUAGAUGCAAAACUGUGCACUUAGAAGGAUUAAGUCUUAUAACCCAAUUUUUUGUCCACUCCUGUAUAUGCUCUAAGUCUUCUCUUAAGGUUCCCUGGUUCAAUAGAGGAUAUUUGAUUAGAGACUCGACCAUAGCUUCGCAGUUUUCCAUUUUUUCGCGUAUAAUGCCAAUGACCUUAAAAAUCUGUUCCGUGUAAGUAGAUCUCCCUGUACUAGUGACCCUCCACUAAUGCAAGGUCAGCAUAUACUGGAUAUUGAUUUAACACUUGGUCAAUAAAAGAAAGAGAUUGAAAAUAGCAGCACUUCUCAUUACCACUCUUAUUAAUAAUGCCGUCGCGUGUCACAUGUUUGUAAAUAACAAAAAAUGUGAAGACGAAUGACGGCUCCGUGACGCAGUUGCUUACCAAUGAGUUGCAGCGCAAAGAGUCGUGGGUUCGAAUCCCGCACGGAAAAAGUAUUUGUAAGGCCUACAAAUAAUUGAGUUGGAGUUUGAGUUUGUGUAUCUAGAUCCAAAGUUUACAAGAGAUGGAAAGUGUGAAAGUAAUAUCGAAAGAAGAGUGAAUGCAGGAAACAUAGUGAAUGGAGCUCUGCACUCCUUUAUGAGCAGUCGGAAGGUGUCUAACAAGGCUAGUUUAGUUGUGCAUGAGAGGGUGUUGGUUCCGACACUCAUGUACGGAAGUGAAAGUUGGGUAUGGCAGAAGAAACAUGAAAGCAGAAUAAAUGCAGUUGAGAUGAGAGCUUUCAGAAGUAUGAUAGGAGUUAAACUGAGUGACAGGAUAAGAAAUAGUGAGAUAAGGAAACGUUGUGGUCUGAAAGAAGAUGUAGUGACAAAAAUUGAGAAAGUUAUGCUGAGAUGGUUUGGCCAUGUUGAGAGAAUGAAUGAAGAACGAUUGACGAAAAAAGUGUAUAAGGCGAGUGUAAAUGAAAGUGUUGGAAGGGGUAGACCUAGGCGAACGUUUCUAGACCAAAUCAGAGACGUCUUGAAAAAGGCCAGGUCAAGAGUACCCUAAACCGAAGAGCAUGUAUGAAGGGAAUAAUGAAAGUGGACGAAGCAAAACAUGUAUGUGAGGAUCGUAGCAAGUGGAAAGAAGUGGUCUCUGCCUACCCCUAUGGUGAAGAGGCGUGAUUGUAUGUAUGUAUGUAUGUACAAAUAAUUGUUCUGGGUCUGUUCUAUGUGUGUAAACUGACCCCGCGAUACAGGAGAAAAUCCUAGUGUGGAGGUAACGUUUUUUAAAAAGAGAUGAAGAAAGACAAGUAAUUAAAUUAAAAAUUUUGUACAACUGACUUCAAUAUUAAUACACAUUAUUAAGGGUAACUCUCAGAAAUGAGAGGACGCCUGUGCCCAGCAGUGGGACGUAAAUAGGCUGCAACUUUAUUUUACUUAAGGGUAACUCCAAAACUACUGGUCAGAACUUGAUCAAAUUUAUAUGGGAUUUAUAAAUUAUAAGCACCAGCUUUCAAAUAAAAAAAGAAUAAUUAAAAUCUGUUCACUUAGAUAAAAGUUCAGAGGUAACACACAUAAAAAAUACAGUCGAAUUGUGUACCUCCUCCUUUUUUUGAAGACAGAUAAAAUGGUAAGUAGGUAAUUUGAAUUUGAAUCUUAUUCGCUGGUGCCGCGUUACUGCCACGACUGAGCUCAUAUUCCAUAAUUACUCGAAUUUCAAAUGCGAUGAAAUGGAUACUGCAGAACGGCAAUUUCAAAGGUACGUGGUAGAGCCAAGCUGCAGCUAUAUUUAUAAUAUAGUUGUAGCACGAAUGGGCCGGCUUGAUCGGGGAAGGACCACGCUCUCACAGAAUACCAGCGUAAAAUAGCAGCUUAAUGCUGCUGUGUUUCUUAUGGUGAGUGUAGAGAACCGGAGACCCCUUUUUACUGGAAAAGAGGCAUUCCAUCUUUGUCCUCAAGGCUGACAACGCAUCUGCAUUUUAAUUCGCAAACGAGGAUAGAUGUAGAUAUCUAUGGGCCACAGUAACCAAUUACCAUCAGUUGGAUUGUGUGCUCGUUUGUCACCCUAUUUCUAUAUAAAAAAAAAGGUAAAGGCAUAUUAUUCCGAACAUCUGAGUUUCAAAGAUGUUACGUUGUUAUAAUCUUAAUUUUUCUCGAUGUUAUAAUCUUAAUGUUUCUGGAUGUCACACAGACUCGCACGUGGACGCAAGGUGCAUUUUGAUGUAAUACGCGCGCCGCAUUAAUUUUUUUUCGACGAUUUGAUCGGUAGGCUAUUUUAACGAAGGUCGUAUCCGAGGCGUGCAAAGUAUUAUGAAUACUAGCGACGUUGUAACUAAGUUUAAACUCGCAAGUUUGCUAGCAGAGAGUGAUCCUUCUGUUUUUGUUCUAUUAUUUAUUCUGUGGUGUGGUCAAGACAGUGAAUAGGUUAAGAUAAUAAUUUUCUUUUAAAAGUUCUCUGAGCGAGUAAAAUCUCAAAAUAUCCAAAAUGUUCUGUUUCAAGGUUUGGCGUCGUUUUCCGAGCAUCUCCAAGACAAUCCGAUGUAAUGAUUGUUGCUGGUACAUUAACAAAUAAAAUGGCUCCAGCUUUAAGAAAAGUGUAUGACCAAAUGCCUGAUCCACGAUGGGUUAUUUCUAUGGGCAGUUGUGCCAAUGGUGGUGGUUACUACCAUUACUCAUAUUCAGUUGUAAGAGGCUGUGAUCGUAUUGUACCAGUUGACAUAUAUGUACCAGGCUGUCCUCCAAGUGCUGAAGCUUUAAUGUAUGGUAUUUUACAAUUACAAAAGAAAGUCAAAAGAAUGAAGACAGUUCAGAUAUGGUAUAGGAAAUAGACAAUUUUUUAAGCAAAUGAAAAAUAAAUCAUUGUAAUUCAUCUCUUAUAGUAAAUAUAAUCAUGUAGCAGCAAGC